AGUAAGAUCUGCAAUCUCACCUAUUACCACUGUCUGACUGAGGAAUCAGACGUAUAAAUGACACUGCAGGGACUGAAUAUUUCCUGUAAAGCAUCUUUACUGUCUCAAAGGGAUUUCACUCUGCAGCAAUGGUUAAAUUUCAGCAGGAAGCCGCGGGUACAGCAAAUUCGUCGGAUGAGCUGAUUUUUUUUGUGAAUGGGAAAAAGGUUACGGAGAAAAAUGCUGAUCCUAAAAUGACUCUACUGACCUAUCUCAGAAGGAAACUGGGGCUACCUGGAACCAAACUGGGCUGCGGAGAAGGAGGAUGCGGCGCCUGUACCGUAAUGAUCUCUAGAUACUGCACAUUCCAACACAAAAUCGUACACUAUUCCGUAAAUGCCUGCUUGGCGCCAGUCUGCUCUCUGCACCUUGCGUCCGUCACCACAGUGGAAGGAAUAGGAAGCACAAAGACAAGACUACACCCCAUACAGGAGAGGAUAGCGAAGAGCCACGGCUCCCAGUGCGGGUUCUGUACACCUGGAAUUGUUAUGUCUCUCUACGCCUUGCUGCGCAAUACGCCCCAACCCAGCAUGGAGGAAAUUGAAAAUGCAUUCCAAGGAAAUCUGUGUCGUUGUACGGGAUAUCGUCCUAUUCUUCAGGGCUUCCGAACAUUUACCAAAGAUGGCUGCUGCGGCGGGAAGACGACCAAUGGCUGCUGUAUGGACAAGGAGGAGGAGAAUGGGAUAAUGACGUCUUCAGCUUUGUUUGACCCAUCGGAGUUCAGACCUUUGGACCCGACACAAGAACCAAUCUUUCCUCCGGAAUUACUGCUGCACAAGGACGCACCCCAGAAGCAGCUGUGUUUCAUAGAGGAAGGUGUAACCUGGAUUCAGCCGUCCAGUCUCAGCGAGCUACUGUUGCUGAAGUCUCAGUACCCUGCGGCUAAACUUGUAGUGGGGAACACUGAAGUGGGCAUUGAAACCAAAUUUAAGAACAUGUCGUAUCCAGUGAUAAUUGCUCCGGGAUGGAUUCCAGAAUUAAAUUCAGUAGCGCACACCCAGAAGGGCAUCCGUUUUGGAGCCGCUUGUAGCUUGACCACAGUGGGCGAGGUCCUUCAGAAAGCCGUGUCUGAGCUUCCGUCGUACAAAACAGAAGUGUUCCAGGCCGUCUUGGAGCAGCUGAGGUGGUUUGCAGGACAGCAGAUCCGCAAUGUUGCCGCUGUCGGGGGUAAUAUCAUGACAGCAAGUCCAAUAUCAGACUUAAACCCGGUCUUCAUGGCAAGCGGAAGCUACCUGCAUCUCAUCUCCCAAGAUAGCAGGAGGUCUGUACAAAUGGACGAGAACUUCUUCACUGGAUACAGGAAAACAGUCUUAUACCCAAAUGAAAUUCUCCUCUCUGUCGAGAUUCCUUACUCACAAAAGUGGGAAUAUUUCUCAGCCUUCAAGCAAGCCUCGCGGCGGGAAGAUGACAUAGCCAUCGUCACCAGCGGCAUGAAAGUUGCUUUCAAACCAGAUAGUCACCAGGUGGAACAGGUCAAGCUCAGCUAUGGAGGGAUGUCUCAUGUCACCGUUUUGGCAACCGAGGCUUGUAAAGAGCUAGUUGGAAGAGAAUGGAACGACAGCUUACUCCAGGACACCUGCAGGCUUCUCGCCAAAGAGAUGGCGCUGUCUCCCGACGUCCCAGGAGGAAUGGUGGAAUUCCGGCACACCCUGACCCUCAGCUUCUUCUUCAAAUUUUAUCUUACGGUUCUAAAGAAGCUGGAACGUGACCUAAAUGGGGAAUAUUCCUUUUCCGACGCUGUCUCUCCGGAAUAUGAGAGCGCCACAGAAUUGUUCAGUAAGCCCGAGACCUCCAGCGUCCAGCUCUUUCAGGAGGUUCCAGCAGGCCAGGACCCGGGAGACUUUGUAGGGCGUCCCAUAAUGCACCUGUCAGCCAUGAAGCAAGCGACAGGAGAAGCCGUAUACUGCGAUGACAUCCCCCAUUAUGAAAACGAGCUCUAUCUAGCAUUAAUAACCAGCACCAAGGCUCACGCUAAAAUAAUCUCCAUUGAUGAGUCUGAGGCCGCGCUCACUCCAGGAUUUGUCUGUUUCAUUUCCGCUAAAGACGUCCCAGGAAGCAACAUUACUGGGUUCAGUCACGAUGAGGAGGUUUUCGCAGAGAGUCUGGUGACAUGCGUUGGACACGUGAUUGGCGCAGUAGUCUCUGACACCCAGGAACACGCACAACGGGCAGCGAAAGCAGUGAAAGUUUUAUAUGAAGAACUGAAGCCCAUUGUUACUAUCCAGGAAGCAAUUGAAAAGGAGUCGUUUUAUCCACCCAGGAAGAGAAUUGAAAAUGGGAACAUAGAGCAAGGCUUUCAGGAGGCGGAUCACGUCCUAGAAGGGGAGAUGUAUAUCGGCGGGCAGGAACACUUCUACCUGGAAACAAACUGCUGUAUUGCUGUCCCGAAGGGGGAGGAUGGAGAGAUGGAGCUGUUUGCCUCUACGCAGAACACAACCGAGGCACAGUUAUGUGCUGCUCGCGCCCUCGGCGUCCCGUCAAACAGGAUUGUGGUCCGCGUAAAGAGAAUGGGAGGCGGGUUUGGAGGAAAGGAGUCACGAGGCGCAGUGCUGUCCACGGCCGUGGCUGUUGCAGCAUCCAGGAGCGGCCGCCCGGUGCGCUGCAUGCUGGACAGAGAUGAGGACAUGCUAAUUACUGGUGGGAGGCACCCGUAUCUGGGGCGCUAUAAGGUAGGAUUCAAGAAAACUGGGGAGGUAACUGCAUUAGAUGUUUCCUAUUACGCAAAUGCCGGCAACUCCCUGGACCUGUCACAUGCGGUAAUGGACAGGACAUUAUUCAGUAUGGAUAACACAUACAAAAUACCCAACAUCAGAGGCACCGGAUACAUGUGUAAGACCAACCUGCCUUCUAAUACGGCUUUCCGAGGCUUUGGCGCUCCCCAAGGAAUGAUGGUGGCUGAAGCUUGGAUGAGCGACAUCUCCCAAGUGUGUAGACUUCCUCCAGAACAGGUCAGGAAGCUGAAUAUGUAUAGGGAAGGACAGCUGACUCCUUUCAAUCAGAAGCUAGAAAACUUCAAUGUGCACAGAUGCUGGGAGGAAUGCCUGCAGAACUCGCACUACCAGGACAGGAAAGUGGCCAUUGAUAAGUUUAACAGGCAGCAUCGAUGGAAGAAGAGGGGGAUCGCUAUUACCCCGACCAAGUUUGGAAUCGGCUUUACCCUCUCUUUCCUGAAUCAGGCUGGAGCCCUGAUCCACGUGUACACAGACGGGUCUGUCCUCCUGACCCAUGGUGGGACAGAGAUGGGACAGGGACUUCACACCAAGAUGAUUCAGGUCACCAGUAAGGCUUUGGGAAUUGCAGCUUCUAAAAUCCACAUAAGUGAGACCAGCACCAACACGGUCCCGAACACAUCACCGACGGCAGCGUCCGUCAGCUCUGACCUCAAUGGCAUGGCGAUUUACAAUGCUUGUCAGACGUUACUGCAGAGACUGGAGCCGUACAAAAAGUCUAACCCUAGUGGGACGUGGGAGAGCUGGAUAAGCUCCGCCUACCAGGACCGAGUGAGUCUCUCAGCCACGGGAUUUUACAGCAUCGAUGGGAUCGGCUAUAACCCUGAAAAGAAUGAAGGAAAUCCCAGCAACUACUUCAGCUACGGGGUGGCGAGUUCUGAGGUCGAGAUCAACUGUUUAACCGGCGACCACAAGAACCUGCGCACAGAUAUAGUAAUGGAUGUUGGCAACAGUCUUAAUCCAGCCAUAGACAUAGGUCAGAUUGAAGGUGCAUUUGUACAAGGACUCGGCCUGUUCACCUUGGAAGAGUUAAAGUAUUCCCCGGAUGGCAACCUGUACACACGAGGCCCUGGAAUGUACAAGAUUCCAGCCUUCGGAGACAUUCCGGCAGAAUUCAACGUCUCUUUCCUCCGAGACUGUCCAAACAGCAAAGCCAUCUAUUCAUCCAAGGCCAUUGGGGAGCCGCCACUUUUCCUGUCGGCCUCUGUUUUCUAUGCCAUCAAAGACGCCAUCACGUCAGCCAGGGCGGAGUCCGGCAUUAAUGGCCCAUUUAGACUUGACAGUCCGGCCACCCCGGAGAAGAUCCGCAAUGCCUGCGUGGAUGAGUUCACCAAACUGUGCCCAGUCCCAGAACCAGGAACAUUUACACCAUGGUCUAUAAGAGUAUAAUGAGGAACGCUAUGAACGGCAGCCGGAACUCAGGAGACAGAUCUCCGGCCACAGCUGCUAAUUGAGAUCACGCACAAAAUCACCGAUGAAUCUGGAGCAUGAAGACACUUUAUUAUUAAUUUUAUUGUGUUUUUUUUUAGGGGGGGUUAAAUAAUUUAUUUGCUUUUAAUAUUGCAUGUAUUUUAAAAAUUGCCUGCCAUUUGUUAAUUAUCUAUGUAAAACCAGCCAGUCCCCAGAUAUAUUAUCAGCCACUAGGGGUCACAAACCAACCACAGAAUGUUUUUAUAUUUUAUUUUUGCUCCUAAAAUGCUUAUUAUUUAAUCCUGGAUUAUGAUUUAAAUAAAUCACUAUUUCACUAA